AUGGCUUCCCCAACAUUGAUCACCCCUGCCACUUCCACACCAAAAUCCCUCAUACCUAUCAGAUCAAAACUAGCCACCACCACUGCCACCAAUGCCACAACCGCAUUAUCCACUCGUCGCCGCGACUUUUUAUCUCUUGCGGCUGGUUUCAUCUCUCCAGUUUUACUCCUCCCAGUAACACCUGCCUGGGCCGCCUCAGAAGAAGAGUACGUAAAGGAGACGGAGGAAGUAAUCAACAGGGUCAGAACCACCAUUUCUAUGGGCAAAAAUGACCCUAACAUGGAUUCUGCUGUGGCUCAGUUAAGGGAAACAUCCAACUCUUGGGUGGCCAAGUAUAGGAGGGAGAAGGCUUUGCUGGGCCGAGCCUCAUUUCGUGAUAUCUAUUCGGCGCUUAAUGCUGUUUCCGGCCAUUAUAUUAGCUUCGGCCCGACAGCACCAAUCCCGGCUAAGAGGAAGCAAAGAAUCCUUGAAGAGAUGGACACUGCUGAGAAAUCUCUGUUGAGGGGAAGAUGA